AUGAGAGCCUAUUCAAGUGAGGUACACAAGAAUCUGUUGAUAUUGCAGCUCGAGGGAAUCAAGCGGCUCGUGAAUGAGUUCCACCAACAGACAGAGGCCUAUGUUCAACAGUUUGGGUAUCUCCCGCUGUCGAAGGAGCCAGCAGAAGCCGCGCACAAUGCUCGCAUCGCGUUGCGUAGCCUGGCGUCAGCUUCGCCUUCUAUAGCUGAGGGAUGUGCAGUCUCGGAAAUCAUUCGGGAUGCCACUCAAAAACACUGCGGGGUUGACAUGUGUGCUACAUCACCCGAAAACCUUGAGCAUUUUCUGGCAAUUUCAAGGAAUGAUGUUAAAACCGCCGAGGAUCGUGUGCACGCGCUAUUUGUGCUAGAUGCGACCCUGACUAGUGCUCGCCAUCGCAAAGAAAUGCAGUCUCGGUUUGAAGGUCUACAAGGCUAUGAAGUGCUAGUAGAGUGGCUCGCAGUCAGCUGUAGCUACAACGACGAGACUUCUAAGGCCUUCACAGAGCUGCUGCUUCUGGUGCUACACCGCAACUUGCCUACUGCACUGUUUACAACUAAGACUGUGGUCAAGAAUCUUUCUACAUACAAGAAGGUCAUGAAAGCAUUUUCGCCAUAA